AUGAGAUACACUCUGUUCCUCUUAGCAAGCGCUGCCCUGGCUCUGGCAGUGCCCCAAGGCAACUCCAAGCGAGCAUCGUCCUUUGUUUGGUUUGGCGCGAGCGAGUCUUGCGCGGAGUUUGGCAAUCAGAAUAUUCCGGGUGUAUUGGGAACUGACUACACUUGGCCGGACACUUCGGCUAUUCAAACCCUACGCAAUGCGGGUAUGAAUAUUUUUCGGGUGCCAUUCUUGAUGGAGAGAUUGGUUCCCAAUACGUUGACCUCAACUCCGAAUGAGAUUUACCUGCAAGGCCUGAAGAGUACGGUGGAGUUUAUCACCUCUACCGGCGCGUAUGCUAUUGUUGACCCACACAAUUACGGGCGAUACUAUGGCAACAUUAUCACCUCAACGAGUGACUUUGCUGCGUUUUGGACUACAGUGGCAACGGAGUUUGCAUCGAAUGACAAGGUCAUCUUUGACACGAACAACGAAUUCAACACGGAGGAUCAAACAGUAGUUCUGAAUCUCAAUCAGGCAGCCAUUAACGCCAUCCGUGCUGCCGGAGCCACCUCGCAGUAUAUUUUCGUGGAAGGAAAUUCGUGGAGUGGUGCCUGGACGUGGACAUCAGUUAAUAGCAACCUGGUCAACUUGACGGACCCCCAGAACAAAAUCGUCUACGAGAUGCACCAGUAUCUCGACUCGGACGGUUCUGGCACAUCUGACACAUGCGUCAGCACGACAAUUGGCCAGGAGCGUGUUCAGUCGGCGACAGAAUGGCUGCAAAGCAAUGGAAAACUUGGAUUCUUGGGCGAAUUUGCCGGUGGUGCCAACUCAGUCUGUCAGAGUGCCGUGACCGGAAUGCUGAGCUACAUGCAAGAGAACAGUGACGUCUGGCUAGGGGCAUCAUGGUGGGCCGCAGGGCCAUGGUGGAGUACCUAUAUCUUCUCCAUGGAGCCGCCCUCGGGAACUGCUUAUACAUACUACCUUAACCUCUUGUCUGCCUACUUUCCCUCCAACUCAGGCAGUUCGGGCGGCUCUACAACCACUUCUACCACUACCACACGCUCUACGUCGUCGUCGACCACUACUGCAACCACCACCACUAAAUCCACCACCAAGUCCACCACUAGCACAGGAUCUACUGCUACUGCAACGGUUUCUCACUGGGCGCAGUGUGGUGGCGUUGGCUGGACGGGGGCCACGGCAUGUGCCAGCCCGUAUACCUGCCAGGUACAAAAUGCGUACUAUUCACAGUGUCUUUAA